UGGGUCUCCCGCUGCGCAAGCGAGGAUGUUUCCCGCGGACUGUUGGAAAGGAGCUUUCUUUGCCGGCAUGAGAGCGACAGUGGUUAAGACUGAGCAGGGCAACCGCAUCACAAAAGCGGUCAUUGAACGCCGAUUGAAGGCUGGAAACAAAAUUCAUCGCAGAGAAAUGCCCGAGCCGCCAAACAGGCAUCAAGAGUUUGAAGACAUCCACUUGGUGAGCUAGUCAAGAAAGCUGAACAUGACCACUUACAAGAGCACGCAAAAAUGCGCUCGUGGACCGAGAUUCUGACACGUGAUCGACGCGCACGAGGGCACAAG